CCCGCGGCCGGCGGGACGCCCAGCCCGCGCCCCGGAGCCUCGCAGCCAGCCCGCGCCGCGCCCGGAGCCUCGCGGCGCGUCCGGGCCGCAACAGGAGGAAGACUAGGAGUUCUUCGAAAGGGACCAACUUGCGCAGAGCCCGGGAAAAAGGGCAGCGGACGCGCGGCCGACAGGGGUGGUGGCGCCCGGCCCCGCCGGCCCCCGCGCCCCGGCCCCCACGGCCCACGGCAUGGCCCGGGGCUCGGCGCUGCCCCUCAUGUGCGCCCGGACCGUCUGGGUGGCCGCCGCGCUCCUGCUCUGCGUGCUCCGGACCACAGGGGAAGUGGAGACUCCUGACCCGAAUGACCCUUUGGGACAACUGGAUGGAGAGGAUGGCCCUCUUCCAACUCUGAAAGGCUACUUUCUGAACUUUCUGGAGCCAGUGAACAACAUCACCAUAGUCCAAGGCCAGACAGCCAUUCUGCACUGCAAGGUGGCCGGAAACCCCACCCCCACGGUGCGGUGGCUGAAGAACGAUGCCCCCGUGGUGCAGGAGCCGCGGCGCGUCAUCAUCCGCAAGACAGAAUACGGUUCCCGGCUGCGAAUCCAAGAUCUGGACACGACAGACACCGGCUACUACCAGUGCGUGGCCACCAACGGCGUGAAGACCAUCACCGCCACCGGCGUCCUGUUUGUGCGGCUCGGUCCAACACACAGCCCAAAUCAUAAUUUUCAAGACAACUACCAUGAGGACGGCUUCUGCCAGCCUUACCGGGGGAUCGCGUGUGCACGUUUCAUUGGGAACCGGACCAUUUACGUGGACUCCCUCCAGAUGCAGGGAGAGAUUGAAAACCGAAUUACAGCGGCCUUCACCAUGAUCGGCACCUCCACGCACCUGUCCGACCAGUGCUCACAGUUCGCCAUCCCGUCCUUCUGCCACUUCGUGUUCCCGCUGUGCGACGCGCGCUCCCGGGCGCCCAAGCCCCGCGAGCUGUGCCGGGACGAGUGCGAGGUGCUGGAGAGCGACCUGUGCCGCCAGGAGUACACCAUCGCGCGCUCCAACCCGCUCAUCCUCAUGCGGCUGCAGCUGCCCAAGUGCGAGGCGCUGCCCCUGCCGGAGAGCCCGGACGCGGCCAACUGCAUGCGCAUCGGCAUCCCCGCCGAGAGGCUGGGCCGCUACCAUCAGUGCUACAACGGCUCGGGCACGGAUUACAGAGGGACGGCGAGCACCACCAAGUCGGGGCACCAGUGCCAGCCCUGGGCCCUGCAGCUCCCCCACAGCCACCAGCUGACCAGCGCAGACUUCCCCGAGCUCGGAGGGGGGCAUGCCUACUGCCGCAACCCCGGAGGGCAGAUGGAGGGCCCCUGGUGCUUCACGCAGAAUAAAAACGUACGCAUGGAACUGUGUGACGUUCCCUCUUGUAGUCCCCAGCACAGCAGCAGGAUGGGAAUUCUGUACAUCUUGGUUCCGAGCAUCGCGAUUCCCCUGGUCAUCGCGUGCCUUUUCUUCCUGGUCUGCAUGUGCCGGAACAAGCAGAAGGCCUCGGCGUCCACACCCCAGCGGCGGCAGCUGAUGGCCUCACCCAGCCAGGACGUGGAAAUGCCUCUCAUCACCCAGCACAAGCAGGCCAAGCUCAAGGAGAUCAGCUUGUCAUCGGUGAGGUUCAUGGAGGAGCUCGGGGAGGACCGGUUUGGGAAGGUCUACAAAGGCCACCUGUUUGGCCCGGCCCCGGGGGAGCAGAGCCAGGCUGUGGCCAUCAAGACACUGAAGGACAAAGCGGAGGGGCCGCUGCGGGAGGAGUUCCGGCAUGAGGCCAUGCUGCGGGCUCGGCUGCAGCACCCCAACAUCGUCUGCCUGCUGGGGGUGGUGACCAAGGAGCAGCCGCUUAGCAUGGUGUUCAGCUACUGCUCGCACGGGGACCUCCACGAGUUCCUGGUCAUGCGCUCGCCGCACUCGGACGUGGGCAGCACGGACGACGACCGCACGGUGAAGUCCGCCCUGGAGCCGCCCGACUUCGUGCAUGUUGUGGCGCAGAUCGCCUCGGGCAUGGAGUACCUGUCCAGCCACCACGUGGUCCACAAGGACCUGGCCACCCGCAAUGUCCUCGUGUAUGACAAGCUGAGCGUGAAGAUCUCGGACCUGGGGCUGUUCCGUGAGGUGUACUCGGCCGACUACUACAAGCUGAUGGGGAGCGCACUGCUGCCCAUCCGCUGGAUGUCCCCCGAGGCCAUCACGUACGGCAAGUUCUCCGUAGACUCGGACAUCUGGUCGUACGGUGUGGUCCUGUGGGAGGUCUUCAGCUACGGGCUGCAGCCCUACUGUGGCCACUCCAACCAGGACGUGGUGGACAUGGUCCGCGGCCGGCAGGUGCUGCCUUGCCCGGACGACUGCCCUGCCUGGGUGUACGCCCUGAUGAUCGAGUGCUGGCACGAGGUCCCCAGCCGGCGGCCCCGCUUCAAGGACAUCCACAGCAGGCUCCGGGCCUGGGGCAACCUGUCCACCUACAAUAGCUCGGCGCAGACCUCGGGGGCCAGCAACGCCACGCAGACCAGCUCCCUGAGCACCAGCCCCGUCAGCAACGUCAGCAACGCCCGCUACGGGGGCCCCAAGCAGAAGGCCCAGCCCUUCCCGCAGCCCCCAUUCAUCCCCAUGAAAGGCCAGAUCAGGCCCAUGGUGCCCCCUCCCCAGCUCUACAUCCCUGUCAAUGGGUACCAGCCAGUGCCGGCCUACGGGGCCUACCUGCCCAACUUCUACCCGGUCCAGAUCCCCAUGCAGAUGGCCCCGCAGCAGGUGCCUGCCCAGGUGGUCCCCAAGCCUGGCUCCCACCACAGUGGCAGCGGCUCCACCAGCACGGGCUAUGUCACCACUGCGCCCUCCAACACGUCCAUGGCUGACAGGGCCGCCCUGCUCCCGGAGGCCACCGAGGACGCACACAACGCCCCGGAGGAUGCGGCCCAGAGCCCCGUGCAGGAAGCGGCGGAGGAGGAGGACGGCUCUGUCCCGGAGACCGAGCUGCUGGGGGACAAUGACACUCUGCAGGUGGACGAGGCCGAGGUCCAGCUGGAAGCCUGAGGGGCGCGGGGCCGCCGGGCACGCGGGGGCAGCUUGAGCCCCGGGCACCGGGCUGGGGGCGCUGGUGUGCAGUCUCACUGUGCACCGUCUACUCCUCUGUGGUCCUCCUGUGCCGAUCGGGCCACUGGUGCUCG